GCCCGGCGCCGCCAUUAUGGCGGCGGGCGAUGAUGCCGGGCCCGGCCGGGCCUUGGAGGCGCUGCUGGAGAUGGGAUUCGGUGCCCGGCGCGCGGCGAAGGCGCUGGCGCUGACCGGGAACCGAGGGGUUGAACCGGCCAUGGACUGGCUCCUGUCCGAGGCCGGCCGGGAACGGGAGCGGCGGCGCCGGGGCCAGGAGCUCGCCAAGCUCCGGGAAUGGCGGCGGGACGAGGAGCGGCGCCGGGCGGCCGAGGAGCGGCGCCGCGAGCGGGCCGAGGAACGCGCUGCUCGGCAGAGAGUGCGGGAGAAGAUCGAGCGGGACAAGGCGGAGCGAGCGCAGAGGUUCGCCCCGCUGCCCCCAGAACCGGCCCCGGUGCCCGCCCAGGAGCCGCCGGCGCCGCGGGAAUACGACGAGUGCCGGAUCCAGGUGCGGCUGCCGGACGGGCGGGCGCUGACGCAGAGUUUCCGGGCGCGGGAGCCGCUGGCGGCCGUCAGGCUUUUCGUGGAGCUACACCGGGACAACAGCGGGAACAACAGCGGGAACAACACCGGGAACAACAGCGGGAACAGCCCCGAGCCCUUCAGCCUCCGCACGGCCUUUCCCCGGCGCCUCUUCAGCGAGGAGGACAUGGAGAAACCCCUGCAGGAGCUGGGCCUGGUUCCCUCUGCCGUCAUCAUCGUGGCCAAAAAGGAGGGGAGCUGAGAUGGGGACCCCCCAAAAAACCCCAAAUAAACCCCCCAAAAAAAAACCCCAAAUAAACCCGAGCUUUGUCCUGUC